AUGAGGAUAAUUUUGCAGCAAGAUAUUACAAUUAAGCCCUAAGAGAAGAAGAUAAUUGAACACCUAGCAAAAGUGGUUGAGUUCAAGAAGUACUAUAAACCCUACGACAAAAAGAAUCUAGAUUUUACUUAGGAGCUUAAAAAUGAUGUCAACACAUUACCUUUAGAAGACACUAUUCAAAACAAUACAAAAGGCUCUAUUAAUGCUCAAGAAAAAAUGCUAUUUGGAAAAUCAAAGUACUACUAAAAUACUCUGGGAGACGUUUAGUAAUAGUCUUAGAUUAGCUAGGCAAUCCCUGAUAUCUCAUAGCAGCAAAAGUUUAGAGUAUAUGAUUCAUUCUUCAGAUUCAAUGCUCCUGUUUCAGAGUAACCAGAAACUAAAAUGUCUAAACGCCGUCGUUAGUAAAAAAUCUAAUCAAUAAUGCAAUCUACGAUUAACUCUCCAGAAAAAUAAAAUAAUAUUGGACCUUCCUUCAUUAGUAUUGAAGAUCCUUCAGCUUAUCACUAGUCUCAUAAGAAUCUUAGUCCUUAGCGAACUAUGCAAAAAUCACAAAGCUCAUUCCUACCUUAAAUCCCUUAAAGUGUUUAAAACAUCCUGAAAAUCGGCUAUGAAAAUCCAUAUGCAUAUCGAAAAUAAAAGCCAUUGCUAGAAAUGUAUGAUAAUAACAUAAAAAAGCAGAAUCUAAAUAUGAAGCUAUAGAAGCUAGGGAAAGCCUAGAGAGAGUAUUAAAGUACAUAACUGAGAAAGAAGCUUUAGUAAAGUAAAGAUUAGCAUCGUUUGAACACCAAUGAUAGUAACGAAAACUAUGUUGGUACUGAUAAUGAAGAAAAUUAACCACUUAGCGGUAGCUAAAGCAGCAAGAGAAAGAUUCCACCAAAGAGAAGGUAAGACUAGGAGGAGACUGAGAAGCUAAACUAUUUGUUCUAAAAGUACUCCUCUGAGAAUAUAUAGAAGUAUCUUGCCACUCUUAACAAAAUGCCAUUCAAAGAAGUUAUUGAGCAAAUUGAAAGCGAUUUAAGUGUAUCUGCAUAGUUGCUCAUUUCAUUCCAAGACAACACCUAUAUUAUCAACUAAAUUGAGGAAAUUCAUACUGAACUUGGUAGUCUAAUCCACAAAAAGAAAAAGGAAAAGGAAUUAUUUGAUAAAAUCUCGAAUGAAGAGAAAAAAGAGCAAUCCCUCUUUGAGAAGGCUAGGUCAUUUAACCCCAAGUUCGUUGACGAGUAACUGCAUAAGCAUUUUGAAAAGUAAACUCAUAAUGCUAUCAGCCAGCUCAGCUCCAUGAAUACAGGAAUUAAGGAGAUUCUUGAUCAUUAUUAGGAUUUGAAAAAGUAUUAUAAGGCUUUUGAAAAAGAACUAGAGGAAGAACCAAAUUAAUGA